AUGGUGUUACAAAUAUUACUUGUUCAAAUUGAUUGUGCCAUAAUAUUAAAUGCAAAUGGAGAAUUAACAGAUUCAAUUCGUCAUGAAUAUAAUCAGAUGUCUAAUUUCAAUAAAUGGAUCAAUUUUUCUUUCGAUGAACUCAAUGCUCAUAUUAAAAACAAGAAAGUCGUCAAACAAAAAGUGGAAGAACAUGGAAUUAAAGUUGGAUGUUGGACUGUAAUCGAUAUAUGCAUCCUUGCUGUAAGGUGGAUCACAUUUAACCUUGCGGGUUCAACAAUAAGAUUUCUUCAGAAAGUGCGAAAUUACAGUGAAAAUUCUUGUAACCUCUUAGAAAUUAAUACCUCAAAUUUUUAUGAAUCAAUUAGUAAAUGGCGAUGUAUAUAUGACUAUAUGGAACCAACUAUAUGUGCGAAAGAUCAAACUAAGAUUGCUGAAAUGAUUGAAGUAGAACACCGUCGUAGUGAGAUUCACAAUGAUAAAGAGAUUGAAUGAUGAAAUUAAAUUCAUAUAAAUUUUUAAUUUAACAAUCUUAAAAAUCUUGUUAAAAAAAAUACAUUAAUCAAAUGUAAUUACUGUAAGUCACAUGACUGGUUGCAAAUAAAAAAUGUAUAAUUAUUCUAAUUGUAAUUAGUGUAAUAAUUAGGUGUGUACUUUCUGUAAUUAGUUAGUUCUAAAUGUGAUUAAUCAUUCCCGAGAUAAUUGACUUGCAUGUGAAAAUUUUACAUUAUUUAAGAACGAAUUCUAAUCUGAAUUUCUCUUUCAAAAAAUUUGUUUCAUUACCUU